AUGGCUAAACAAAUCAUUACGUCGGCUAGUGGUGGACUGAUAACGCCUAGAUCGGUCAUCGGUUGGGCGGUAUUUGUCGUGUGCUUUGCAUUCGUCGCUAAUCAUCAUCAGUUGCGAUUGACGGUUGCAGCAGAGGAACCACCAUCAUACGCCACGCUUUGGUUUUACAAACUCGCACGAUACGUACGGAAUUCUAACGGAAGGUUAAGCUGCACGGCAAACAUGGACGGCCAAGGACCACCCUCGGAAAGUACGCUAGCGAUCUGGGAGAAGCAGUAUUCACCUUCCGCGUGGAGUGUCCGCUUUCCCACGCCCUCGGAAGUGAUCGACUAUCAUGUCAGUUUUGCAAAAAAUGUGACUGACGCCAACAAGGCGAAGUAUGAAACGACACUGGAUGUACCGUAUAGUAGCGGUGAACGGGACAUGGUGGACAUUUACGGUGACAACCUACCACUCGAUGCACCGCUGUUCGUGUACAUCCACGGUGGAUACUGGCAACAGCUGGAGAAGGAAUCGUCCGGCUAUGCGGCCAAACCCCUCAUAGACGGUGCGAUGCGGGUGAUGAUCGUUGGUUACGAACUUUGCCCGAGUGUAACGUUGGAGGAGCUGGUACGCCAGAUUAAGUUCGCCGGCGAGUUUGUGUUGAAUUAUGCCACUGAAAAUGGGGUGAAGCACAUUUCAAUCGCCGGACAUUCGGCCGGAGCUCAUUUGAUCCUUAGCAUGCUGGACGAGUCAUUCCAAAGUGCCGUCGGCGAGGAACUUAAUCUUCUGAAGGAUGUUUAUCUCAUCUCAGGUGUGUACAAUGUGCAGGAACUAAGGUACACGAGGAGCGUAAACAACGGCAAUCUACUUGGGAUCAACGAUGAUAAUGCUAAGCGCUUGUCGCCCAUGUUUGCCAACUACGAUCAUCUGCGAUCGACCGGGAUAAAGUUUCACGUAUACGCUGGGCAGCACGAUAGUGACGUGUUUCGUGACAUGUCAUCAAAGAUGAACGAUCGGCUGAAGUCGUUUGGAUUGAGCAGUGACUUGAACGUGUUGCCCAACCUGGAUCAUUUCGAUAUUGUGGAACAUCUCGCUUCCUCUGAUUACACCAUUACGAAAGCCAUCUUGGAGGGUGCCAGUAGGGCCUAUCUCUAG